AUGAGCGAAACGAAACCGAGACUUGUGUGGGUUGGUUCAAAGGCAGAUGAAUACGAGCAGGAGGGAUAUCUCCAUCCCGACCUCGACCGGCUUCUUAACGUUCCAGGGACUCGGGGCUACAUCGGACGUGGGCUGCACUUCGUUCGUGGCAAUAGGCUUCGCGGGAGAAAGGAGAACGCAGAUACCAUUAACAUCUGGUACCUGGAUCCGGACGUUCCCGUCACCAAUCUCACGACCAACCAGACGGUGCAUGGUACGCAGCCGACACUCAUUGGGGACACGUGGGGGGAGACAAUCUUUAAAGGGCCGAUGGUUAUUGUUGUGAAGGAAGGCAGUGCUUUUGAUCCGCGGCGUAUAAAAGACGUGACGCUAACGGCCUACCGAGACGCCAUCGACUUUUUGGGCUAUUACAUCGAGACUAAUGGCAGCAUGAUAGACGGGAUUGGAGCGGAGACAAUGCUCGCACAGCGAGUGAUAGCAGAAAGCAGGGCCGGCAAGACGACGGGGUGGCGGAUCAACUGCAGGCAUGAUCGAGUGGCGCGGGGCUUGGGUGAUAUGAUGUCGGUUGCGGUUCCACGGGCGCAUCCGCUUUUUCGACUUGAAGGCGAUGAUCCACUGGAUAUACCCGGGGUGCUGGGGUUCGAGUGGGUUAUGAAAGUAUAUGACCGCGGUGGUAAGGACGAGACCGGGCUCGAGAAUGAGAUGGCGCGACUCCUUUUACCCCGGGCUACGGCGAGAGAUGGGAAAUGGGAGGGCAUACGUAACUGGAUAAAUAGCCCAGCGAUUGGAAGUGUUUUGCUAGUGGAAAGGCAAGGGAGGGAGGAAAUUAAAAGCGAAGUGGUGAAAGGGAUUUGCAUACUAAUCCGGGAUGUUGUUGUUCCUCUUAUGACAGAAGAGCGGGCACUGCGAUCGGAUGGUAGGAGGGAGAUUGUGGAUGCGGUUAGGGCAGAGGGAAAGAACAGGUCGUUAUUUGACGCAAUAGGAGCUCGAGCAUUAGGCUGGAGUUAUGAAGGAUAA